AUGGUUUCUGCAUCCAAAGCCGCCCGUGACGCAAAGCGCGCCGAGACCGGCAAGGCUCCCAAGUUGACUCUUGCCCAGAAGAAGGCACAGAAGUCGGCUGAGGCGUCGGGCACCAGCACUCCUCUGGUUGAUGCCGACGGCCAGGCGCUCGACGCUGAUGGCAUCAAGACCAUGGAGAGAAUCAAGAAGCUCGAGUUGCAGGAGGACGCCGACGGUAUCUCCGACAGAGUCACAACCGGUGUGCUCGCAUCGCAGGAGGCCAGCAGAGAUGUCAAGAUCACCUCGGCCUCGCUCGUCUUCCACGGAAAGGUCCUGUUCAACGACACCACCAUCGAGGUCAACUACGGCCGUCGCUACGGUCUGUUGGGUGAGAACGGUUGCGGAAAGUCGACCCUUCUCAAGGCCAUCAACGCCCGCGAAUUCCCCUUCCCCGACCACAUCGACAUCUACCUCCUCAACGAGGGUGCUCCUCUAACCGAACUUGGUGCCCUUGAGUGGGUCGUCAGACAGGCCGAGGAGGAGCUCGCCCGUCUCGAGAAGCUCGUCGAGACCAUUCUCGAAGAGCACGGUCCCGAGGACCCCAGACUGGAGGAGAUCUACGAGGUAAGAAACAGCCAUCUUCAUCAAGGCACAGCAGACAGACUAACACGACACAGCNGCAUGGACGGCAUGGACCCCUCGACCUUCCAGACCCGUGCAUCUCUCAUCCUGACUGGUCUCGGUUUCAACAAGAAGACCAUCCACAAGAAGACCAGAGACAUGUCUGGUGGUUGGCGUAUGCGUGUCGCCUUGGCCAAGGCUCUCUUCGUCAAGCCCUCGCUCCUGUUGCUCGACGACCCCACUGCCCAUUUGGAUCUCGAGGCCUGUGUGUGGCUCGAGGAGUACAUGAAGAAGUGGGACCGCACCCUCAUCCUCGUUUCCCACUCUAUGGAUUUCCUGAACGGUGUCUGCACAACCAUGAUCGACAUGCGUCAAAAGCAGCUCCUCUACUACGGAGGUAACUACGACUCGUACGCCAAGACCAGAACCGAGCAGGAGAUCAACCAGCAGAAGGCAUACGAGAAGCAGCAGGACGAAAUCAAGCACAUCAAGAAGUUCAUCGCUUCGGCCGGUACCUACGCCAACUUGGUGCGUCAGGCCAAGUCGCGCCAGAAGAUUCUCGACAAGAUGGAGGCCGAUGGCUUCAUCCAGCCCGUCCACCAGGACAGAGUCUUCUCCUUCCGCUUUGCCGAUGUCGAGAAGCUCCCUCCCCCGGUCCUGUCGCUCGACGACGUCACCUUCUCCUACUCCGGCAACACCGAGGACAACCUCUACGAGAACCUCGACUUUGGUGUCGACAUGGACUCGCGUACCGCCCUCGUCGGCCCCAACGGUGUCGGCAAGUCGACCCUCCUCAACAUCUUCACUGGCAAGCUCAGACCUACCAGCGGUGUUGUCUCUCGUCACACUCACUUGAAGCUCGGUGUCUACUCGCAGCACUCUGCUGAGCAGCUCAUCCUGACCAAGUCAUCCCUCGACUUCGUCCGCGACAAGUUCCCUCACGUCUCCCAGGAUCUCCAGUACUGGAGACAGCAGCUGGGUAAGUACGGUCUCACUGGUGAGGCCCAGACUGCCCUCAUGGGUACUCUUUCCGAAGGACAGAAGAGCAGAAUCGUCUUCGCCCUGUUGGCCAUUGAGUCGCCCAACAUGAUUCUGUUGGACGAGCCUACCAACGGUCUCGAUAUCCCCACCAUUGAUUCGCUCGCCGAUGCCAUCAACGCCUUCUCCGGUGGUGUCGUCGUCGUGUCUCACGACUUCAGACUUCUCGACAAGAUUGCCAAGGACAUCAUGGUCUGCGAGCACAAGACCGUCAGACGAUGGGAGGGCAGCAUCGGCGAGUACAAGAACUACUUGCGCAAGAAGAUGUUGGCCUCCAACUCUGUCUAA